UGUAACUAACUUCAUGGCUAUAAAAUUCUAACCGUAUAAUCUGAAUGUAGCCGUUAAUAUAGCUGUAAAUAUUAACGCAACCAUGCAAUGUCAUAUACGUACAUGAAAAGAUAAAAGUGCAAGAAUUAUACAGAUUUGUAGUUGUUAUAUUUGGACUCAAAAGUCAAUUCAUUUUCUCUUGUAUUCUUAAAGACGAUUGACUGCUGUUCGCUAGUAUUCGAUUGUUAAAUAUCUCUGAUAUAUAUUUGCACCAAUGUAAUCAUCAGCUAUGAACAUAAUUCAUUGUGCUGCUAGUCACAGUAGGUCCACAAGUAUGGCUGCUAAAAAACUGAUAUAUCCAGCGGCAGAACGUAAUAAGGAUCCUAUUUUAUCAGUUUUACGACGAUAUAUACAACGAGGUACAAGUCAGAAGUUUCUGGAAAUAUCCUCGGGUUCGGGACAACACAUUGCUCAUUUUGCUCCUCAUUUCCCACAAGUUACAUUUUAUCCUUCGGAAUACGAAACAGGAUUAUUAGAAAGUAUUGCCGCACAUGCUAAUGGGUUUUCCAAUAUAAAAGAUCCUUUAAAAAUAGAUAUUACCACCGAUUAUCAAACGUGGGGUAAUGGUAUUUUUUUUGAAAAAAGUAUAGAUUAUAUAUAUAAUGCUAAUAUGAUGCACUGUGCACCAUAUCAAUGCUCAAUCGGUUUAUUUAAAAAUGCAGGAAAAUUAUUAAAAUCUAAUGGUGUUCUAUUUACAUACGGUCCUUACGCCAUUGACGGCACUAUCACACCAGAAAGUAAUAUACAAUUUGACAAAUCUUUAAAAUCAAUGAAUUCUGAUUGGGGCCUCAGAGAAUUGAGAGAAUUAGAAAAAAUGGCAGAAGAAAACAAUAUUAAACUUGUAGAAAUUUUUAGUAUGCCUUCUAAUAAUAAAGUUAUUAUUUGGAAAAAAGAUUAGAUAUUAUUUGACAAAAUAUUAGUUAGUAAUAUAAUAUAAUACUGUAGAAAUAUGGAAAAUAUUUCUAAAUACAAAUUUUAACAACA